CAAAUUUUCUUUGUUAAAUGCUUUUAACUUGGUGGUCCUGCUCGUAAACAUGGCAUUGUCCAGGAAAGUUUUGACACCUACCCGCUUGGCAGUUGAAUGUUCCGAUCGUAACCUGCUACAGAUCUGUAAGCAUGUGAAACGUUUCACACACUUGGAUCUGUACAGCGAAAUUUUACAUAAUAAUACAGAUGCUCUUAUGAAUUCACGCUACAACAAGGGUCUGUCCUUUACGAUGAGGGAACGUCAACUGUUAAGCAUUCAUGGACUGAUGCCAUGUUCGAUUCGUCCUAUUGAAGAGCAGGUGGAGGUGGCCAAGCUCAACUUUAUGGCCCGCCACGAUCCUCUUGGACAGUAUACGUAUCUGAUGUCCUUGCGACAGCUCCAUGAGCGUGUAUUCUUCCGCUUCAUCCGUGAGCACACGGAACUGACCUUGCCCAUCAUGUACACGCCAACAGUGGGCAGUGCUGUAACCCUAUUCUCCACUGUCUACCGAAGCGGCAUGGGCAUGUAUGUGACCAUUUAUGACCGGGGCCACAUAUUCGAUGUCCUCAAGAACUGGCGUGUGCCGAACGUGCGCGGCGUUUGUGUGACGGACGGCGGACGUAUACUUGGACUGGGUGACAUGGGUGCCAAUGGCAUGGGCAUUGUGUUGGGCAAGCUCUUUCUAUAUACUGCACUUGGAGGGGUUCCACCAAACCUCCUCUUGCCCAUCACUCUAGACGUGGGCACCGACAACAAGAUGCUCCUUGAGGAUCCGCACUAUGUGGGCGCUCGCUUGGGGAGGAUCAAGGGCGCCGAAUACGAUGACUUUGUGGAGGAAUUCAUGCAGGCAGUUGCGAAAUGCUUUGGCGACGAUACCUUAAUACACUUCGAGGACUUUGCCACGCCGAAUGCUUACAAGUUCCUCCGGAAGUACCAGCACAAGUACAGCUAUUUUAAUGAUGACAUUCAAGGCACAUCCGCUAUUGGUUUGGCCGGCUUUCUGGCGGCCGAGCGUCUCUUGAAAUACAAACUCGAGGAUCAAGUGUUUCUAUUUGUCGGAGCGGGCAGUGCUGCCAUCGGCAUUGCAAAUCUCCUAGUCAGGGAGCUGAGAUCACGUGGUCUCAGCAAAGAGAAGGCAUGCAGCAAUAUCUAUGUGGUUGAGAUGUACGGACUCCUCACGACAAAGUCAAAGGGAUUGAACGAAGAUACAUGCCGCUAUGCAAAGGAUAUCGAACCGAUUGUCGAUCUGGAGGAGGUGGUCGAUAAACUAAAGCCUGCUAUACUCCUUGCUGCCACAGGAACAGCGGGUGUAAUCAGCGAGAAAGUGCUGCGUCUGAUGGCCCAGCAUAACGAGAGGCCUGUUGUCUUUGCCCUCUCCAAUCCCACCUCCAAUGCGGAGUGUACUGCCGAGCAGGCAUUUCAGCAUACUGAGGGUCGAGUGAUAUUCAGCUCGGGAUCCCCUUUUCCGCCUGUCGUCGUCAAUGGAAAGCGCUUCACAACCGGCCAGGCGAACAAUUGCCUUGCCUUUCCCGGCAUCGCACUCGGAGCACUCAGCAUGCGGGCUCGACACCUUCCAGAUGAGAUUUACCUGAAGGUGGCCCACGUUCUGGCCAACUAUCCAUCCGAGGAGAGUCUGAAGACCGGCAAUUUAUAUCCCUUGAUAAGUGAGGUCAAUGAUCUGUCCUUUUCUGUUGCCAUGAGUGUGGCCGAUUUUCUAGAUAAGAACAAUCUUUCCAAUGUACAUCCGAUGCCCAAGGAUAUCUGCAAGUUUAUGCAUAACUAUAUGUACAGGCUGUCAUAUGGACCGUCACUACCGAAUACUUGGAAGUAUCCACCAUUUAAACGUAUUUCACGCCCUAAAAAGUCAUAAUUCAUUUCGACGUAGUCUUCAAUGAGAGGUUAGUCAGCCUCAAUAUCAAUUCUUACUUUUAGUAUUAUCGAAAUUGUCUUUGUAUAUUUCAAAAUUUUAUUUGAAAAUCCUUUUAUAUU